AUGGAUAGUCUGCCUUCAACGACAAAUGUGCUAGCCCGAUGGCACCACCCUCUCCACCCCUCCAUUCAGAAGCACUCGUCCGGGAACGCCCUUCCUAAGAGUGUCAGAUCCUUCAUUCACCCGACACAUGCCGUCUUUCAUAGCCCGGAUCAUGGGAAAUUGAACUGGACAUCCCGAAGCCAUCGCAAAAAUCGAUAUACAGCGCACACGCCUGCCUCAAAAAAAUCGCGGCACGCCCGACGUUUCUGGCAUGGAAUAGGACAUAUGAGCCGGCUGGAGUACUGGAACAUAAGCUGGUGGAUUGCGAUCCUAUUCACCGUUGGGAGUAUAGUCUGGGUUGUGAAUGGGUUCUUCGUGUUUCUUCCGUCCGCUGACCCUGCGGUCGGUGAGUUUCCGAACGCUGCGGGAUGGACAGCGUUCGUGGGCGCUUCGAUAUUCGAGAUAGGGGCUCUGUUUGGGGUAUGGGAAGCCUGGAACCGGGAUGACGCUGCGAAUUUUGGAUGGAGCAUCGAAAGGACUCUAACCACGGGACUACGACACGCAUCUCCCAGUUCGGACGAUUCGCUCAAUCCCAACCCAAAAUUACCCAAGCGCCAGUGGAAGUGGUUUACCACCGACCGCAAAUAUUGGCAUGAACUUGGGUUCUUGGCCGCCUUCGUGCAGUUCUGGGCUGCUACUAUAUUCUGGAUUAGCGGAUAUACGAGCAUACCAACAAUACAGAAUAAAAUUCAAAACAACACUGGCUUACUUGACGGUGUUUUCUUUACGCCUCAAGUCGUAGGCGGUUCCGGAUUCAUCAUAGCGUCAGUCCUUUUGAUGCUGGAAACGCAGAAAAGAUGGUAUGCACCAUCAAUUUCAUCUCUUGGCUGGCAGGUUGCAUUUUGGAACUUCGUUGGCGCCAUCGGGUUCACGCUCUGUGGUGCUCUUGGGUAUGCUGCGGAAGUAAACAGCGGCGCCGAGUAUCAAAGCAAUCUUUCGACGUUCUGGGGAGGGUGGGCAUUCUUGAUUGGAAGUGUAUUUCAAUGGUAUGAGAGCGUCAAUAGCGUCGCUACGGACGGAAAAAGCUACUCGGAAAAGUCAUGA